UGCUUGAACUCUCUACGUCUCCUUUAAGAAGUCCAGAUGCCCCCUCUCCUCCACCUCACUCUCCACGCUCCUCGCAUCUCAUAGAGGUGUUAUUGCAUUGAGAAUAAACCAGGCAAGCGAUCAAAGAGUCGAAUGGAGUUUCCUCUUAAUGUCGCGUCACCUUUUGGCUACAAAAUCUUCGGCUGAAAACAGAAGCAAACACCAGAACACACUGGUUAUUGAUUUAUACCUGGUGGAACGUCGAGAACUGGAUUUGUAAUUUACUGAUAUCUUUGCGUUUGUUAAAAAUAGGAGGAGUUGACCAGGAGUAUCUGGGUGGAUUACAAUGUUAUUGUUCAUCACGGGCACUUGAGUUGAGUUUUCUGGAGAGUGUUUUUUUUAAUGUGCGGUGUGGAGUCGUGCUCCCCGGGCUCGCAGCACUGAGAUCGGGACGUGUUGAGAACAGGGAGUCGGUGACACGGAGUACUCAUGGCGCAACGGUACCAGGAUCUGGUCCAUUACGGUAUGGAUGCCGUCGGGAUCCCGUCCCCGAUGUACGGGGAUCCUCACGCUGCCAGAGCGAUGCAGGCGGUGCAUGUGAGUCACGGCCCGCCGCUGCACCAGUACCCGCACCCCGCGGCUCCCGGUGUCCCGUCGCCCGUUAACGACGCACUAAAACGGGACAAAGACGCCAUUUACGGACACCCCCUUUUCCCUCUGCUUGCACUAGUUUUCGAAAAAUGUGAAUUGGCGACUUGUACGCCGAGAGAGACCGGGGUUACCGGUGAUGUCUGCUCGUCGGAGUCAUUUGAUGAAGAUAUUACAGUAUUCUCAAAACAGAUAAGAGCGGAAAAACCCUUCUUCUCGUCGAAUCCAGACUUAGAUAAUUUGAUGAUUCAAGCCAUUCAAGUGUUACGAUUUCAUCUGCUCGAAUUAGAGAAGGUGCACGAGCUGUGUGAUAAUUUCUGUCACCGCUACAUCAGCUGUCUGAAGGGAAAGAUGCCCAUUGAUCUGGUGGUCGAUGAUAAAGAGGGGGGAUCCAGAUCUGAUGGCGAGGAAUUUACACAGCAGGUGUGCUGGAGGGAGGAUGAUGCUGCAUCUGUUCAUUCUUCUGAAGCUCCAGCUCCCUGUGGAAGACACUCACACAAUGGAGACAACAGCAGCGAGCACGGGGAUUUUUUGGAUCAGAGUGUUGCCUCUCCAAGCACAGGAGAAGAGGAGGACCCUGAUAAAGAACGGAAGAACAACAAAAAAAGAGGGAUCUUUCCCAAAGUGGCAACCAACAUCAUGAGGGCAUGGCUGUUUCAGCACCUCACGCACCCAUACCCCUCUGAGGAACAGAAGAGGCAGCUGUCUCAGGACACAGGGCUCACCAUCCUCCAGGUCAACAACUGGUUUAUCAAUGCCAGGAGAAGGAUUGUCCAACCAAUGAUCGACCAGUCAAACCGUGCAGGUCAUGGUGGCCCAUACACUCCUGAUGGUCAGCCAAUGGGAGGUUUCGUUAUGGAUGGACAGUCACACAUGGGCAUCAGACCACCAGCAGCUCUGGGUGGUCUUGGGGGAGUGAAUAUGGGGCUGGAGAGUCAGUGGCACUACAUGUAAACAAUCUCUCCUGCCAUCCUGCUGAACACAGCAAACAAGAGCGUCAGGCGUUUUGGUCCUUUGAAAGGAUUGGUCCUCCGCUCAUGAGUUUCCGAUGGAUUGGGAACUACUUGCACCACUAUACAGUAAAUUGCCUAUCGUCAACGGUACAAACACCCUCAAGAAACUCCUACAGCUUUACUCUCGGAAAUUCCUAGAGGCGCCGUCCUCGCAACACAGACAGUUUCAGCACGCUUCGAGAGCCCUCUCAUUCAACAUGACAGCCUGGACUCGUGUUUCAUGUGAUGGGCAGAUCAACCGUAUCAGUGAAGAGAAACAAUGAUAUAGAAAACAAAUGCCUCAACACCUGGACAUACCUCCUCUGGGCCAGGAGGUUCUUUAAUGUGACCUCUCACCUGGAACCAGGUGAUUGUUCCAGUGGCCUUAAAGGUCAAAACAAAAGUCUUGUGUUUCAACUAAAGUGCCACCUGAAAUGAAGAGUCAUUUAUUCAGAAACACAAAAGACGUGUUUUUCUGCUGUAGGCGUCACACCAGCAAACAUCUACGUCACUUGCAGACAUCUACGACAGUUUGCGAUCUAAAGAGGGAGGAUCGUCAAGAUCUUUGUUGAAUGUCUGUGCAAAGAAAUUGAAUACACUGCAAAUAUUUCUUAAUCAGUAUUUCUGACUUAUUUUUCAGUAAAAAUAUCUAAAUACCCCCCAAGAUACAUUUACUUGAGAAGCUAAAUUAUUAUACUGUAGAAUAAAAAAUGUAUCUUGAAUUACUGUAAUUCCUUGAAUAAAGUUUUUUUUUUUUUUUUUUUUUUUUACCCCAUUGGCAACACUGGCAAAGCUUUUUCCCCCCUUGUUUUAAGCAUAACACUCACUAACUUUUGUUAGAUUUAUGCUUAAAACAAGAAAUCACAAUUUGCCAAUGGGGCAAGAAAAUAAACUUUAGAGUUUCUUGUCAAUUUUGCUUCUUAGGUAAAUUGUUGUGUAAGAUAUUAUAUUUUGGAUAUUUUUAAGAUGCAAAAUUGUGAGAUAUUGUAAGACUUGUUUUCAGAGAAUGUCUCUUGAAUUAUUUUUCUUACCCCAUUUGUAAAGUUGGCAGAGUUUUUUCUUGUUUUAAGUAUAAACCUCUCAAAAUUUAGUUUGAUUUAAAUGCUUAAAACAAGAAAACACAUAUGAAAAAUUCACUUAAUUCAAGAUAUAUUGUCUGCAAAAUUUAGUUUUAUUAUCUUACACAAUUUAGCUUCUUAAGUACACCCAAAAAAUAGUUUUAAGAUUCACGCAUUUCAAUUUCAUAACAAUUUCGCAUCAAAUUAAAUUGCGUAAUCUUUGACUAAAUAAAAUAAAACAAACUAAAUAUUUUCAAUUUUAUUCAUUUAAUUUGGAUAAAAAUGUAUUGAAUUUGAUGGAAUUUUGAAAUGCAUAAAUCUCAAAAAUAGGCUAAAAUAUUGUUUGAAGUCAAAAUGUGUCUUGUUUUAAGAAUGUUUACAUAUUAUUACUGAAAAACAAGACACAAAUACUGAUUAAGAUGCUUUUUUUUUUCUUCUUCUUUUUUUGGCAGUGCAUACAAACUCAGUAAAUGUAUAUAAUGCUGCUGUAUGUGUCAAACAUGAUACAAGGCUCAUAAACUUUGGUUUUGCCCAGUGAAUACAACUAAAUGUUUCUCAUACUCCAUUGAUUUACUGCAGUAUAAAUGCGCUCAGAUUCAUUUGGACAGUCUGGAGAUGACGAGACUUUGAAAGGUACUAAUAAUUGUUCAUGUUCUGGAUUUGACUGACUUGAGCUGAGAUGUAUUUUCACACUAUGUGUGUGUGUGUGUGUGUGUGUGUGUGUGUGUGUAUCAUUAUUGUUGUGUAUAGGUGGUUUUGUGAAGAUCUGCUCUGAUUCCUUUGUUAUGUUCAGAAUGGAUUACUCACUUACUGCAUACUUGUUUAAGAUAGUAUGCGGCACAGUAUGCAAUAUGCAACAUUAAACAUUUCAAACAGUAGUAUGUUACAAUGUUGUCACUUAACCUAACUAAUUUGCAGGCUUAGUAAUCAAGUGGCAUCCAGUUAUCAUCACCCAAAUAAAUAUGUUUCUUUUUCA